AUGGUUCGAGGAGGUGCACGCAUUAAAGCUGGUGGUGGGAAUAUGGCUCAAGACAGUCCACGGAUAAAUAAACCAUUAGCGUUAAAUAUGAGUUUAUUUCAAUUUUUAAAAACUGGUUACUUUGAAAAAGAUUUACUGACUUAUUGUGCAAAUCGUCUUGUUGAAUAUUCAUGUACAUAUUGGCUUGAUCCUACAGUUAAUGGAAAUGCUGAUUCGAUGAAUUUCAAUAUGGCAUCAACGACAACAACUACAUCUAUGGGAAAUGAAUUUAUUAAAUAUCCAAAUCAUUUCAUUGAUCAAUCAUCAAUGGAGAAUUUAACAAAUUUAAAAUCUGUUAAAUUUAUCAGUGAAGGUCAAACACUAAAUGGUACAUUCCUUGAACCAUUAAAUAUUCGUGGUUCAGUACAAUCAAGAGAAGGUGAACAAUUGGCUAUAUUGGAAAGUAAUCGAUUAUCAAUAAAUUUACUUGGAAAUAUUUUAAUUAUUCCAUUAAUAUUAUGUGGAUCAUUAUUAAAUUUUAUACUGGCUAGUACAACACUACGAAUAUCAUGUAGACAAUUACCAUGGGUAAUCUAUUUAUUCUAUAUUAUUCUGUUGGAUCAAUUCGAUUUAAUGAUUAGUGCAAUCGAUUUUCUUGUAGAAUCAUAUCAUGAAAUACGCUUAUUAGUUGUAUUACAAUUUUUAGGACGUUUUUAUUGUCAAAUAUUACCAAUGUUUUAUAAUUUAUCUAAACAUAUACAUUCAACAUUAUUUAUUCUAUUCAUUAUUGAAUCAUUGAAAUCAUAUUCUAAUCUAUUGAAACAAUUGAAUAUAUCGUUCAAACAAACAAAAGAGAUUGUACAAAAUGCAUUAAUCUUCAUAUUAGUUGUAACAAUAACAUUAAAUUGUCAAUUUAUAUGGACAUUUGAUUUAUCUCAAUUGGAAACAUUAAUGUUACACGAACGUGUUGUUCAAAAUAUUUACAAGUGUGAUUUUGCAUCAACAUGGAUAUUAAGUCCAACAUUUUUAAAUUAUAUAUGGCCAUUACUAGAUCAUCUAUGUGGUGAUUUAUUGCCAUGCUUUAUAUGUCUAUUCGGUGGAUUGAUUGGUUAUAUAUUAUAUCGAUUUAAAGUGAAUUUAUUACUGGAAAAAAUUCUUAAUCAAAAUAAUGAAAAAUUAAUAUUUAUCAUGAAAGAUAUCCAAAACAAUCAUAAACAAGAUUAUAAUAAAGAAAUACAGUUGUCAUAUAUUAAAUGGAUUGCACAAAUUAUUCGAGUUUUUAUUCUAUUUUCAUUCAUUCAUGGAGUAUUUUUACUACCAAGGUGUUUAUAUUAUUUGGUGAAGUAUUCCUUUUUCCUAACUCGACUAACAAGUCGAAACAAUGUACACAUCCAAGAACAAGACGAAUUAGGUCAUAUAGAACAAGAUUCCAUACAAACUAUUUCAAAAUUUAUGGAUAUGUUAAGACCAUAUGAGGUAUACUUAGAAAGUUAUGAAAUAGCACUACGUUAUUCAAAUUUUAUUGAAGUUCAUAUAAGAGCUGCAAUUUUAUUAUUUGGUAUACAAGAAUUCAAAGUAACUUUAUACGCAUACUUUAGAACAUGUAUACACUGCUCUAAACAAUUACUAAAUAAUAUACGCAAUACAUUUUCCAAGCAGAAAACUCCAAAUUCUUCUAUAUGUUAUGGAAAAAGUCAACGCUUUCGAAAUUUCAACUCAUUAGUUAAACCGAAACGUAAAAUUGUACACAAAAACUCUACUGGAUCUCAGUUGAAUCCUUCUGAACAGUAUGAACAACCAAUAGAAAUGUCAUGCAAUUUAAACAAAAUGAAGUAUAAUUUCAAUAAUUCUCUUAAUAAAAAUGAUAUACAGUCAAUUAUGCAUGGUAAUAACAUGAUGAGUCCAUCAACUUCAAUGAUUACAAACGUAACAACUAUUUAUACUACUGAUAAACAACACGAUAGUAUAAAUAUUAUUACGAAAAAUAUUGACCCAGAAGUGUACAAAGAAACUAUCUCAUCUAACAUUCCUACUAUAAGCACAUAUUCAAAAUGGGAUUGGGAUGAUUUUAAACAAAAGAAAUUAAAUUCAAAGCAAAAUGAAUUGAUAGUUAACUCUAGUGAAGAACAAUCCAUCGGGAAAUGUAAUAUUUUUUAUAUAUGA